AUUCAAAAUUUUGGAGCGACGAAGUUCUGUAAGAUAAUUUUACACAGUCCACUCUUCUUCAGUUCUUCUUCUCAGUUCUGGGCUCUCCCUUCCCCAUUUUCGCUGCCAUAUUUCUUUGCCGAUCUUCUGUGGGCUGAGAUUUGGAGGUUGAGUUUGGUUCGAUAUGAACCUGAGCAGUGCUGGGUUUGAAAAUCCUAUUGGCUGUUACGAUGCUGCGGUUCAAGAGCUUCUUGUUAUUGAUGAUAUCCUGUCAGCCAUGGUUGGGAUUGAAGGACGUUACAUCUUGAUUAAAACAGUUCAUGGAAAGCAGGAUGAUGUCACUUUCCAGGUUGAUCCAUCUAUGGAUUUGGCACUUCAGGAAUUGGCAAAACGGAUAUUUCCUCUAUGUAAGAGUUUUAUCUUGAUCAAUCAGUUUGUGGAAUCAAGGUCUCAAUUCAAGAAUGGCCUAGUAAACCACGCCUUUUCUGCUGCACUCAGGGCACUCCUUCUUGAUUAUCAGGCCAUGAUAGCACAGCUUGAGCACCAGUUUCAUCUUGGGAGACUUUCCCUUCAAGGAUUGUGGUUCUACUGCCAGCCCAUGAUGGGGUCUCUGCAUGUGCUGUCUAUCGUAAUACAGAAGGCUUCAGUUAACAACUUUUCAGGUUCUGCAGUUCUUAAUUUAUUGCAGAGCCAGGCAAAGGCUAUGGCUGGAAACAAUGCAAUUAGGUUGUUGCUGGAGAAAAUGACGCAGUGCGCCAGUAAUGCUUACCUGAGCAUAUUAGAAAGAUGGGUCUAUGAAGGAGUAAUAGAUGACCCUUAUGGUGAAUUUUUCAUUGCAGAGAACAAAUCACUCCAAAAGGAGAGUCUCACUCAAGAUAAUGACGCUAAAUAUUGGCGGCACCGUUACAGCCUCAAAGAUGGAAUUCCUAGUUUUUUAUCAAAUAUGGCAGGAACAAUCUUGACCACUGGAAAAUAUCUGAACGUCAUGAGAGAAUGUGGGCACCAUGUACAGGUCCCUGCAUCAGAAAACUUAAAAGUAACAAGUCUUGGUUCAAAUCAUCAUUAUCUUGAACGUAUUAAGGCUGCUUAUAAUUUUGCAAGUGGUGAGCUCCUGAAUCUCAUCAAAGAUAAGUUUGAUUUGCUGGGAAAGCUGCGAUCAAUAAAGCACUAUCUUCUUCUUGAUCAGGGUGAUUUCUUGGUACAUUUUAUGGAUAUUGCUCGAGAUGAGCUGGCAAAAAAACCUGAUGAAGUCUCUGUUGAGAAGCUGCAGUCGCUUCUGGACCUUGCUUUGCGUACUACAGCGGCUGCAGCAGAUCCUUUGCAUGAAGACUUAACCUGUGUUGUGGAAAGAUCUUCUUUGCUGAAAAGGCUGGGUUCAAUCAAAGGUCCUGAAUUUAGCAAUAGUUCUUCUGUUAGCGACGAUCUGGAGGAACCAGUUAGCAUUACUGGUCUUGAAACAUUUUCCCUAAGUUAUAAGGUCCGAUGGCCAUUGUCUAUAGUCUUAUCACGCAAAGCUCUUACAAAGUAUCAGUUAAUUUUUCGAUUUCUUUUCCAUUGUAAACAUGUUGACCGUCAGCUUUGUGGAGCAUGGCAAGUGCAUCAAGGAGUUCGUGCUCUCAACACUCGUGGAACUGCUAUCUCCAGAUCAUCACUUCUCUGCCGUAGUAUGCUUAAAUUUAUCAAUAGCCUUCUACACUAUCUGACAUUUGAGGUUAUUGAGCCCAACUGGCAUGUCAUGUAUAGCAGGCUUCAGUCAGCCAAGAGCAUAGAUGAGGUUAUUCAACAUCAUGAUUUUUUUCUUGAAAAAUGUUUGCGAGAAUGCUUGCUUUUUUUGCCAGAGCUGCUGAAGAAGGUGGAGAGGCUCAAGUCCAUGUGCCUGCAGUAUGCCGCUGCAACGCAGUGGCUUAUUUCAUCUUCCAUCAAAAUACAUAAUCCAGAGGAAGCCAUUGAUGGCUCAACUGGCUUGGGCAAAGCCAAUCAAUUGAAAUCAGGAAAAUUAUCUCAGGCUCUGAAAUCUACCACCAGGAGUGCCACCGUCACUGAAUCAGUUCUCAAAUUUGAGAGGGAAUUCAAUGCCGAACUUCAAAGUCUUGGAUCAGUCUUGAGUAGAAGUUCCCAAGCAAAUCCAUAUCUGACUCAUCUUGCACAGUCGAUUCUUGGUGUUAGAAACGAAUAGAAGUAUAUCUGAUGUCCUUUCCCUUACUGGGUUGUUGUAAUUUUUCUUGAAGUUUUUUGAGUGCAGGUAUUUAUAUUAUUGAUAAUGCUUGUCUCAUGCUUUUUGAUUGUGUCAUUGUUCAGGAAUGGAGUUAGCAUUAUCAGGUUUUCUUGACAUGUUUGUUUUGUAUCUAUCAAGUUAUUUUCCUAUGGCCUUGAACAGCAAUAGUUACUCUAGUUGAAAAGUUAUGUUUCUGGAA